AUGUCGUCAAUAAAAAUAAAUAAAGAUGAAAGUAAAAGAGUGCACGUGUGGAUUAAAAGUGCUAUUGGCACACCGAAUAGAAGACAAUAUAAGCAUAAAAAUAUAAUGUAUCCAUAUUUUCGCAUGUACAAGUCAGCAUAUAGGGCUCGAGAUUCGAGAACGAGGCAAGCAUUUUGGCCUUGUGUCGACAAAUACCCUUGGCAUACCCACCAAAAAAGGUGGAUUAGGAGUGAAGACUUAAAUAUAAAAUUCUUUUCCGAAUAUACAAACAAACCCCCGAACAAAAAAAACUUAUUUGAAACAUGUCACACACUGCCAUUUAAUGGAAUUAACUGUCUUUUUUGGAAUCCAAUUUACCUGAAUAGUCAUAAAUUUUUUUUAAAAAAUGGAACAAAAAAGGCUCAAAAUGAUGAAGAAAACAAGGCGCAUAAUGGGGCGCAAAAUGAAGUACAAAAUGAAGCACAAAAUGAGAGGCAAAUUUUACAGCAAGAUAUGGAUAGAGAUGAUAGAGCACUAAAUGAGCAAAAGGAAAAUAAAAAAGUUAUAAGAAUAAAUAACUUUUACUAUAUUGUAGACAACAAAGCUAAGAACGAUGUUUAUUUUUAUCUUAAACACAUCAAAUAUACAAUGAGACCUUUUCGAGGGAAAAUAAUUGGUGACCUAUAUUUAAAUGAAAACAAAAUUAAAAGUAAUAUCUCAGCAAAUGGUAUAAUAAAUGGCGAAUGGAAAUACUGCUUUCCUCAUAUUAAAAUGCUUGAUAAGUUAGCUAACAUUACUCUAAGUAAAAAUUUAGUGGAUGCAGAUUUAGACGGUAAUAUUAUUGAAAGCUUGGUAAUAGUAGACAAACACACGUACAGACCUCCAUUACCUAAAUGUUUUAAUGAGUUAUGA